UCUCCCUCUGAGCACCAUCACCCUCAGCAGCAGCAGCAGCAGCAGGAUGAAGGCGCAGAACGUCAGGACUCUCUUCCUCAUCCUCUCCGUUGUUCUCUACCUGCUCAUCGGAGCCGCGGUGUUCGACGCGCUGGAGACGGAGAGCGAGAGCUCCGGGAAGAAGGCCCUGGAGCAGAAACUGGGCGAGCUGAAGAGAAAGUACGGCUUCCUGGAGGAGGACUACCGGGAGAUGGAGAGAGUCAUCCUGCAGUCGGAGCCGCACCGCGGCGGCAGGCAGUGGAAGUUCUCCGGCUCUUUUUAUUUCGCCAUCACGGUCAUCACCACGAUAGGUUACGGCCAUGUCGUUCCUCGCACCGACGCCGGCAAGACCUUCUGCAUGUUCUACGCGGUCCUGGGAAUCCCUCUGACUCUGAUCAUGUUCCAGAGCCUGGGGGAGAGGAUCAACACGCUGGUCCGCUUCCUCCUGCGCAGAGUCAAGCGGGGCCUGGGCCUCAGGGAGACCGAGGUCUCCAUGGGGAACAUGGUGCUAGUGGGGCUGCUGUCCUGCGUCGGCACCCUGUGUGUCGGGGCCGCCGCCUUCUCGCACUUCGAGGACUGGACCUUCUUUAACGCCUACUACUACUGCUUCGUCACGCUCACCACCAUCGGCUUCGGGGACUUCGUCGCCCUGAAGAAGACGGAAGCCCUGCAGAGGCGGCCGCCCUACGUGGCUUUUUGCUUCGUGUACAUUCUGGUCGGUCUAACGGUCACGGGAGCUUUCCUCAACCUGGUGGUGUUGAGGUUUCUCACUGUGAGUUCUGACGUGAGGACUGCCGAACGGGAGGAUGAGCAACUUUUGAAGGAGGAGUCGGAGUCAGAUGCUGCAGGCGGAGGAAGCAGCCGGUUUGCUCUUCCGGUGGAGGAGGGCGGCAGCUGCGUGAGUCUGGUCUCCUCUCCUGCAGACGACCUCAGACUCAUCGAACCGGAGCGUUCCGAGCUUCCCAAACCCAACAGACUCAGGGAUCUGAUCUGCUGCUGGUGCCGUGGGCUGGAGGUGUGCGGCAGCAGCUCCGACCUGCAGCAGGGACACACGUGCGGCCAUAGCAACCCUGUGUUUUACACCUCCAUCUCCUACAGGGUGGACCGGGUCUCCUGCAGCUCCCACGCUGCCUCACCACAUGCCUCUCCCAGCGCCGUCGCUCUCUGCUGGGAGAGGAACUACCGUCACAGCAGACGGAGGUCCCUCUGACGCAGGAGCUUUUUGUGACAGAUGAAACCAUCAAAGGGUCAGACUUCCUCUGCUUUCGAACGUAGCAUUAAGUGACCUGAGAAAUAUUUUUCUACACUGAACAGUUUGAAUGCUAAGACAUAUGUGCCGUUUCUGUUUUUGUUAAACUUUUCAAAUUAUUUCGUUUACAAAAGAAACAAAACAUAACUCCAGACUGAA